ACCGGUACCUAACAUCUUACAGUAAAUUUUGCUUUCUUAAUAUCAAAGUCAAUGUGUAGGAGCCUAAAAGAGCCGUUCAAGUCUUGCCGUUUGUCUGUGGGAUUGACGCUGUCCUCAUAAAAUUGAAGCAGGUGAAAUAUCAAAGAAUCUCAACGAGACAAUGGGUCAACUACUUUCUUGCGUCGUCGUGAGCGGGACAUGGUGCCUCUGCACCGCCACUGGCAGUCUCUUGACUGCCUGCUGUGGCAAUGACAAAAAGUCCACGGAGCCGGUGGGUGCCAACUCGGGGCGCAAACGCUCUGUUCUUCUCAUGGUAAUCGCCAUGAUUGUUUCCUUCGUUUUCCAAUACUGGGUCGCUUCGGCCGUGGUAGAGUCGUAUGAAAAGGACGAGAUUGAACUGUCCGUCUCGGCGCUGGCCAAAGAACAAGCCACAAACUUUUUCCAGGAUUCCUGGUUGGAUGGUUGCACCGAGUAUGAGUCUUCCGAACUACGAGAGCGCUGUGUGGGAAAUUCUGGGGUCUAUCGGGCUGCUUCGGCUGCCACAUUGUUCUUUUUGUUGGCUGCCAUUGCUGUCAAAUGCAAACCCAGCUUCAACCGCGAAGUGUGGCCCGCCAAGUACAUUUUGUUUCUCUUUUUGUGUGCUGCGACAAUCUUCAUCCCAAAUGAGCCUGUCUUUUCCGACAUUUACUUGAACAUUGCACGUGUUGGUGGGGCCUUGUUCAUUGUGGUGCAACAAAUCAUCUUUAUUGACAUGGCUUUCAACUGGAAUGACAGUUGGGUGGAGAAGAGCAACCAAGCCGAAGCAGAAGAAACCGGAGCGGGUAACAAAUGGCUGGUUGCCAUUUUGGUGGCGGUGGCCAUCCUCUUUCUUGGAUCUCUCACUGUCAUUGGUUUGAUGUUUCAUUUCUUCGGUGGAUGCGCUAUCUCCAAUGCGUUCAUUUCUGUCACUUUGAUCCUGUGCAUUGUCGUCACGGUGGCUCAAAUGACGGGAGAAGAAGGAUCACUACUAUCCUCAGCUGUCACAACGGCGUAUGCCACCUAUCUGUGCUUCUCUGCCUUGUCGCGAAACCCUGACGCAACUUGCAAUCCGAAACUGGGUGAAGAAGAUUUGACGGGCAUUGUCCUCGGGGUGGGUAUUACCAUGAUCAGUUUGGGAUGGACUGGCUGGAGCUACACUGCUGGAAAAGCAUUGGAUGUUGAAGACGACCGCAGCGUUGAUGGGGCUUCCGCGCCAAACACGACAACCAACACAAAAGAUGAAGAACGAAAGGUCACUGGUGUUGUAACUGGUACAAGCAGCUAUGGGUCAACAAAGGAAGAAGGCGCAACGGGAGACGCAGCCGAUCUGGAAAACUCAGCGGCGGUGUCCUCCAAUAGGGGUUUCUCGAACUCUUGGAAACUCAACAUGGUCUUGGCUCUUAUCAGCUGCUGGUUUGCCAUGGCACUGACUUCAUGGGGAUCCGUAGCCAGUGGAGGAAAUUCGGCGAAUCCAGAAGUUGGAAAAGUAUCAAUGUGGAUUAUGAUUGCUUCCCAGUGGUUGUUCAUGGCACUGUAUUCGUGGUCGCUCGUGGCUCCGCGUCUGUUUCCGGACCGAGACUUCAGCUAGCUUCCUCGUUCGCUGACCUCCUUGCCUCCUGGCUAUGUUCCGGUAUGUGGUCGAGACGCAGCGACACCACAAAACCAACCUAUUCUCUAUAUAAAAGAGAGCGCAUUGCUGGCUGCCCGUGGCUGACUUCGUCGCUCUGUGGUGCGCCCCUUGGCCUCGUGCGAUCCGCGACGAACGACACGUGUAUGUAUACUACCAGCUCAUAAACUACAAUGUAUGUUGUAGAACCUGUUCUGUAGACUUGUCCGUAACAACAACCGCUGAGUGCGAGCAUCCAAUCCCAACUAGUCUUUCUCUGAGCGUCGCGACGCUUGGGCUUCGGGCACAGUUGCUUUCGCUGCAACGAGGUCCGUCGCGACCCCCGGUAGUCGUUCGCUCUGUCCGCGGCGGGGUGGGUCACAACGGAAUGCUGUCCUCACCCUGCCCACGAUUAUAGAACUCCGCGCAUUGCCCUGUGGAGUGCCGAAGAGGAGUUAUCGCAUGCCGCCAGUGAGAGUGGAGUUGCCUAAUCAGUACCGGUACCAGCAAACCGUACCGUACCGGUAGUGGUACUCUCAUCAGCAAUGUAAGUAGUUCCGUGCCCUCUCGGGCAGCUCGAAAUCAGUCGUCUCGUCGGUGGUGGGUGGACCAAAGUA